GUUUUAUUUCCCCCUUUUAAUUGCAAUCCAAAUAUGCAGCCUGGAGUCUGUUCAAAGUAAGAUAAUGAUACAAUAUUACUGUAAUAGAAGUAUUCUAAAUUGUAAUUUUCUUGUCUUCUAUGAUAUUUUCAGCAGUGAAGUGAAGGAUGAAAGCAUAUCCCGUUGCUGUUUAGGUUUCCAGUUCAUCAAUGGCGCUUGUCAGCAUUGUCCAGAUGGCCAGUAUGGACAGGGCUGUACGGAACCUUGCCCUAAAGGGCGGUUUGGGGCACAGUGUGCAGGGGAAUGUGAAUGUUUACCGGAAGACUGCGAUACAUACCUAGGAUGUCCAAAGCACACACCGUCAAUAUCCGAGGCUGUGCACGACAGCAUAACAGGAGUGACGUAUUCAGGCACAUCAUCGUUCUCAGCGCCAAGAUGGCCACCAACGCUUCAUUCUUCGACUCGACCGUCAAUCUCAACAUCCUCUUCACUGGUGAUAUCCACAGGAACCCUAACCUCGGGAACUACCCAGUAUUUGUCAAAACAUUGGUCUACUUCACAGUUUGGCUUACCCAACCAGGAGACAAAUUCCAAAAGCAACAUUUUGAUAGUAUUAGGAAUGGGGGCUGGAAUGGUGCUCAUGGUGAUCGUAAUUCUUGUGUUAUUAGCACAAAGAUUUAUGAGGAAGACAUUGAGACAUUACAAUAAAACAAAUGAUGUAGAGAUUACGAAUGAAAAUGGGCAAGGCGUGCCUGGUGUAUAUCAAGACAUCAAUUAUGACUUGAUGGAAGAAUCAAGGAAUGGCAGACAGUUGGAAAAAGAUAACAAACGAUAUGAACCCGUCGACAAGGAAAUCACUGCUUCAGAACGCGAGGGGCUCCAAAUACGCGAUGGUAAUGACCUAAGCCAGUGUAGGUCAACUUAUCUCAACGUUCAAACAACCAACGCUUCUUCGCCUCAUUAUUCAGUAGGAUAUUUGGAGCCCAUACAAAUGACUAAACAAAGAAACAACUCCUAUGUAGAAAUGAUAGAAUCUUCGGUCCAAAUAAACAGCAACGUAUCUGCAAAAGUAUACGAGAACAGUGUUCCCAUGAAAGUGUAGUGUUUCUUUACUACGAUAUAACUAUAAGAGAUGGAAGAAACAAGGGCGUUGAAAGCUCCGAAACUAAGUUGCCCCUUUCCAAUGAAACACAAUGUAUAUAUUUUAUUGUAAUGUCUGUUCAACCAAUAAACUUCAACUGUAUAUAUCAAGCAA